AUGAAUUGGAAUAAAUCUGCAACAGGUAUGGAAGCAGAUGGUGUUGUUGAAGGGUUUAUGAAAAGCGUCGAAAUGCAUAAUUUGAAAUUUAAUAAACUGAUUGGUGACGGAGAUAGUAGUGUUACUAAAAGAUUGUUAGAAGUACUACCUUAUGGCCCUAAUGUUUUAAUUGAAAAAAUAGAGUGUCGCAACCAUCUACUGCGUAAUUACAGUCAAAAAAUAGCAGCUAUUGCAAAAAAAACUUGUUAUCCUAUAAAUUUACGUAAAUUUAUAAUUCAAAAUGCAAUGCGGUUUCGAACUGGAAUAGUAAAAGCUAUUCGUUACCAAAAAAAUGAAAAUAAACCUUUAUGUCAACAAAUCGCACUGCUAGAACAAGACUGCCACAACUCAAAAUUCAUGAAUUUAUUGUUGUACUUCGUUCAGUUACGUAUUGCUUUUGAUUCAUGUUUCCAAUGA